AAAAUGACCUACAAAUUACUGUGAUGUAUAUUAUUUUAAGAUAUUUUUCAUUACUCACCCUUUACCCACAAAUGUUACUGGUUUACAUGCUGUUAUUAUUACUAUUGAAAUGCAAGAUGAGAUAAAAUCUAUCCACACUCCAGUUCUAAUUAAAAUCUUACAUUUUAGACACACAGAUUUUCAUCGAGAGAAAGCCUGGACCGAGUGGGUUACCAAAAAGGACCAUGGUGUAUAUGAGAGUCGGCAACAUGUGCUAAGUAUGCUUCGGAAAAUUGCCUUAGCAGCUAGCUUUGAAGACCACCAGAAGGCACUUGGUGCACUUACUGAAUCACACAUAUGGCACAAAAGUGACACAUUGAGACAAUGGUUUUCAAACAAAUGGUUGCCAGAAAUAAAGGUAAUAUCAAAGUUUUUGUCAAAGAAUGCCAUUUGAACAUAUUGUAUGUUGUCUGUGUGUGGAGUCAAGAGUUUUAUACACCACCACCCUAUUUUUACAUUAUCAAUUAAAGAAAGACUGCACUUUUAUUUUAUUAUUUUGGAAGUAUAAAAAGAUUUUUUUAGUUUUUACCUUUUUCAUAUUAUAGAAGUGGGCACCUGCUUAUCGAACUGGAGAAUUACAUGUUGGCAUCCAUACCAACAAUGGACUGGAGAGGCAGAAUGAAGUACUGAAGCAUACAUAUCUGGAGGGCUAUAAGAACAGAAUCAGGCUCUUUAUUCAUUCCUUCAGUGACCAAGCCUGA